GAAGCGGAAGUGUCGACUCGGUGCUGUCAAAGUGCUAGCGCUCCUCGAGGGUCGGUCCCGCCGCGUCUCUUCCCGGUCUCUCCGGCUCUGGCGUGCUUUUCCCCCCGCCGAGGGUGGGAGCGCGGGGACGGACGGGCGACAUGAGCACCAUGUUUGCAGACACGCUGCUCAUCGUUUUUAUCUCCGUGUGCACGGCGCUGCUCGCCGAGGGCAUAACCUGGGUCCUGGUUUACAGGACAGACAAAUACAAGCGAUUGAAGGCAGAAGUGGAAAAACAAAGUAAAAAAUGUGAGUAUGACACUGAUAAUUUAUUCAAGAAUUGGGCUGUGCUCAGUAUUUUUGAACUAACCAGUUUAUUCUUUUCAGAGAGACAAGAAGAGAAACUGAAAAACAACAAUAGAGACCUGUCAAUGGUACGGAUGAAAUCCAUGUUUGCGAUUGGUUUUUGUUUUACUGCCUUAAUGGGAAUGUUUAAUUCCAUAUUUGAUGGUAGAGUGGUGGCAAAGCUCCCCUUCACUCCUCUGUCUUAUAUCCAAGGACUGUCUCAUCGGAACCUGCUGGGAGACGAUACCACAGACUGCUCCUUCAUCUUCCUGUAUAUCCUCUGUACCAUGUCAAUCCGACAAAACAUCCAGAAGAUUCUUGGCCUUGCCCCUUCACGAGCUGCCACCAAGCAGGCCGGUGGAUUUCUUGGCCCCCCACCUCCGUCUGGGAAGUUUUCUUGAAGGAAAGAAAGCAGAAUUCUGAAUUUCCUAUCAUACUUUUUAGACAUUCACAUCAGACUUACAGAGCACCUGGCCACAUUCUAGGUUUGUGUUAUUUCUUAGCUAUGGAUAUGAUCAAAUGAGAACAGUACUUAACUAAUGGAGUAGUGCUAUGGUCACGGAUGGCUUCUUUAGUAAUUAAGUGCAUUCACUGGUCACAUUUGGAUGGUUUAUGUAACCACAAACAUCAUCUUUCUUGCCUCACUUGAGUAUUUCAGUGUAUGUGCCAUGUACACAGACGCAGACUGUCCAUGAACAUUAGGGAAAAACAGUUUAUGUAACAACUUCACUGGAAUUAGUUGUUGUGUUUUUUUAAAAAGCCAAAUAUGUCACUUUGUGUUCGACAAUGAGCCAAAUUUUUAGAUGUUUCAUUUAGAGAAAUGUUUGAUUUUUUUGCAUAUUAAAAAGAAUAUUUUCUGUAAUCUAAACAUAAGGAUAAGCAUUGGCCCAAAAAGCUAAAAUAAAGUUUUGUCAUGUUCUUUUACCA